UAGUCUCUGCGUGUUUGGUACUUUCCUUCUUUCAUUGAUCUUUUUGCUUUGCGUUUUAAAGGGGAUUAAAAAAGUGAAAGCAAAAGGAAAAAAAGGGUUGCUACAAGAUAAUAGUGAUGGAAUCAAUAGUGAAGAGCAAGGCAGAGCUAGAAACCAAGAGCAAAACCACAUGGAAUUUGUGGGGAUCAACCAAAACAUAUAGAAAUCAAACACCAGCAUUCUCAAAUCUCUAGGAUCUCAGAAUUUCAGGAAAAAAAUGGUUGCUUGUUUCUCGAGAAAAUUCUCCUUUAUUAGUUCUUUGUCUUAGCUCAUUUGGUGCUCAUUCUACUACUUACCUUUUGAUUCAUAUUUUCUCCAUCUGGGCUUCAGUCAUUAGCAAGAUAAAAGCCUUUUUAGCAUCUGGAUAUUGAUCAAGAAGCAGUUUUUAUUUUGCUUUUGAAGUGAACAGGUUAGAAAGAAAGAAAAUUAAAGGAAGUUCCUUUAAAGGGUAAUGGUGGGUUCAGCUUACGUGGUUCUGAUUCUGAAAGGACAUCUUUUGCUUGGAUAAGGCGAAGAGAGAGACUUUAGCUUCACGUGAAGAAUGGCUGGUCAUGAUUGUGCUGAUCAGAGGGCAUUGGUUUUUCAGAGAAAGUAGAAUUUGAAUGAGCUGAGAGAUUGUAGAGUUUUGACAGUAUGGAAAUAAAGAGUUUGAUGCUAUUUAGACAGGGGCUACUGGUUUUGGCAUUGAUGGGUAUUUCCUCAGCUACUCUUUCUCCUACUGGUAUAAACUAUGAAGUGGUUGCUUUAACGGCCAUUAAAUUUAAUCUACACGACCCGUAUAAUGUUCUGGAGAAUUGGGAUUCGAAUUCUGUUGAUCCAUGUAGUUGGAGGAUGGUUACUUGCACUCCAGAUGGCUAUGUUUCUGCUUUGGGGCUUCCUAGUCAAAGCUUAUCUGGGACCUUAUCUCCAUCAAUUGGGAACCUUAGCUACUUACAGUCAGUGUUGCUUCAGAAUAAUGCUAUUUCAGGUCCAAUUCCAGCUACCAUUGGAAAGUUAGAGAAGCUCGAGACUCUUGAUCUUUCCAACAAUACUUUCAGUGGUGAAAUACCCACCUCCUUGGGAGACCUGAAGAACCUAAACUAUUUGCGGUUAAACAACAAUAGCCUAACUGGAGCCUGCCCAGAUUCUUUGUCAAACAUUGGUGGUCUCACUCUUGUGGACCUGUCUUAUAAUAAUCUGAGUGGUUCUCUGCCAAAAAUAUCAGCAAGGACUUUCAAAGUUAUUGGCAACCCUUUAAUUUGUGGACCUAAAGCAGGCAACAACUGUUCUGCUGUCUUUCCAGAGCCUCUUUCUCUUCCUCCAGAUGGUCUAAAAGCUCAACCAGAUUCUGGAUCAAAAGGCCAUCGUGUAGCUGUUGCUUUUGGUGCUAGCUUUGGUGCUGCUUUUUUCAUCAUACUGUUUAUAGGAUUACUUGUUUGGUGGCGAUAUAGAUUCAACCAGCAGAUUUUCUUUGAUGUUAAUGAACAAUAUGACCCGGAAGUAUGCUUGGGCCAUUUGAAAAGGUAUGCAUUUAGGGAGCUUAGGGCUGCUACUGAUCAUUUCAACUCAAAAAAUAUUCUUGGGAGAGGUGGAUUUGGGAUAGUGUACAAGGGAUGCUUGAAUGACGGGACUUUGGUGGCUGUUAAAAGGUUGAAGGACUACAAUAUAGCCGGUGGUGAAAUCCAAUUUCAGACAGAAGUAGCGACAAUAAGCUUAGCUGUCCAUCGCAAUCUUCUCAGGCUUUCUGGAUUCUGCACGACUGAGAAUGAAAGGCUCCUGGUUUACCCCUAUAUGCCAAAUGGAAGUGUAGCAUUUAGACUAAGAGAUCACAUUCAUGGUCGGCCAGCUUUAGACUGGACUAGGCGGAAGAGGAUAGCCUUAGGUACAGCUAGGGGGCUUGUAUAUUUGCAUGAACAGUGUGACCCAAAAAUUAUUCAUCGUGAUGUUAAAGCUGCCAACAUUUUGUUGGACGAAGACUUUGAGGCAGUUGUUGGAGAUUUUGGGUUGGCAAAGCUCUUAGACCACCGAGAUUCUCAUGUUACUACGGCAGUUCGUGGUACUGUUGGUCACAUUGCUCCCGAGUAUUUAUCAACUGGUCAGUCAUCAGAAAAGACAGAUGUAUUUGGGUUUGGGAUCCUGCUCCUUGAGCUAAUCACAGGUCAGAAAGCCUUGGAUUUUGGACGAGCUGCAAACCAGAAGGGUGUAAUGCUCGAUUGGGUAAAGAAGCUGCAUCAGGAAGGUAAUCUUAGCCUGCUGGUGGAUAAGGACCUAAAAGGCAAUUAUGACAGAACUGAGUUAGAAGAAAUGGUUCAAGUUGCCCUUUUAUGCACUCAAUUUAAUCCUUUACACCGACCAAGAAUGUCUGAGGUAUUAAGGAUGCUAGAAGGUGAUGAUUUAGCAGAGAAAUGGGAGGCCUUACAAAAGGUUGAGACACCAAGGUUCCGCCCAUGUGAUAACCCUCCUCAAAGAUACUCUGAUUUUAUAGAAGAAUCUUCACUUGUGGUAGAAGCCAUGGAGCUUUCUGGUCCUAGGUGACAAAAUGUAUGCCUUGAAACUUUGGUGCCUACUCAAUUGCAGAGCUCUGAAAUGCGAAAAAUAUGUGAUUGGUGUUCACAUUUGUCGAAUGCUUGUAUUCAUCUGUAAAAAGCAAGAAAAAAAAGAAGAGGGAAGUAAUGGAUAAGCUUCUUGUUCUUCACUAGAAGAAGAGUUGAGCUUCUGUCAAGAAAUUUUGUUAAAUUAUUAAGAAAUAUGUAGCAUGUAGUUUCUCCAUCUGCACUUGCGGUUGGUCUUCCUCCCUUAUCAAUCUGAUAGCAUGCAUUUUA